AUGUUCUCUCUGAGGGUUUUCAUUGUUUUCAUCCUCUGUGUCUUUCUCUUUACAGUCAACUCAUGUUAUGGCUCUGAGAUUAUUAAUGGGAAUGAAGUACAGCCCCAUUCGCUGCCUUUCAUGGCCCUGCUGCAGUCAAAUGUACCACUCUGCGGAGGAAUAUUACUUCAUCCAAAAUGGGUCCUCACUGCUGCACACUGCAAAGAUGUUAAGACUGUGCUGCUGGGGGUGCACUCCAUCAAGGAAAAGGAAAAAGAAAAACAAUACAGGCAGGUCCAGCAUGUCAGCAAACACAUCAUCCAUCCCUGCUAUGAUGAGGCUGAAAAUGUCAAUGACCUCAUGUUGCUCCAGCUUGACAAGCCAGUGAAGGAAACCAAAUGGGUCAGACGUAUGAAGUUAAAUAAAGCUGUGGAACAGCCAGCAGUUGACUCCAUCUGUACGGUGGCUGGAUGGGGAAAAACAAACAACGUCGCCAAAAAAAUGUCUGACGUCCUGAUGUCUGUCAAUGUGACCGUGAUCAACAGAACGCAGUGCAACUCUCCAGAUUAUUAUAACCUAAAACCGUAUAUUACCAGGAACAUGAUAUGUGCGGGGUCAAAUGGAAAAAACAACGCCGACACCUGUCAGGGGGAUUCAGGAGGACCAAUAUUGUGCAACAGAGUUCUAGUUGGAGUCACGUCUUUUGGAAAGUUUUGUGGCUUAAAAAAAAAGCCCGGAGUUUACUCUUUCCUUUCAGAAAACCAUCUUAACUGGAUCAAGAAGGCAAUGAAGAAAUAUAAAACUGAAUAACUCUUCUGUUAACAUGACUGUCAAACUCUUAACCCCCUUUCUGAGUGCUAUGUUUAUUCAUUGUUAAUUUUGCUAUUAACCUGUUGAGCUGUGUGUUGUGUGUUUAUUUUUUGUUUGUUUGAUCACAAAAAAAAUCAGACAUAGUAACAGUUGAAAUAGUAAUUCCACUUGAAAAAUAUUCUUUUAUGUCUCAUUUUUACCAAACGUUUGCAUGUAAACCUUAUAACUGUGGAGCUAUACUUGAUUUAAAACCCUUAGGCAUUUCAUACAGUUAGAUAGCAAACAAUAAUAUAAAUUUGAAGCCUUAAUUCAUUGCAGUCAGAAGAUGUGUAAAGGAUAGAAGCUUCCCUUUGGCAACAUAAAAUAAAUGGGAGCAAUGUUACAGACAGACACCUUCCACAACCCAGAGAAACCCUGAAAUACACAGGGAACACAUGAAAACUCCAGUCAGAAAGACUGCAGCCUGCCCAGAACCUUAAGAUCAGAACCAUUUUAAAUGGCCAAUGUCUUUGUCUCAUUAUUGGGUUUCCUUCACAUCAAUGAGCUGACAACAACAUACUAUAUUUGUCUCUCUGCAAAAUCUGCAUGCCUCUUUCAAAUCUUUGUAUUCGUAAUAUUAAAAAGUACUCAUAUUAUUCAACAA